GCCAUCGCUUGACUGAUAUCAUAUUUUCAUCUGUUACCAUAUAGAGAAGAAGCGGGAAAAGAGAGGAGGGAAGGCGAAACGAGAAGAAGAGAGAGAAAAUAUUCAGACACAUAAAAUGGCGCCAGUGUUGCAGAGCUCUCAACAAUGGGUGGAAAAAUAUCGACCGAAACAAGUGAAAGACGUCGCGCACCAAGAUGAAGUCGUUCGAGUACUCACCAACACCCUCGAAACUACCAAUUGUCCUCAUAUGCUAUUUUAUGGUCCACCUGGAACCGGAAAAACUACCACGGCUCUUGCCAUUGCUCAUCAGCUUUUUGGGCCCGAGCUAUACAAGUCUAGGGUUCUAGAGUUGAAUGCAAGUGAUGACCGUGGCAUCAAUGUUGUGCGUACAAAAAUAAAAAGUUUUGCUGCUGUUGCUGUAGGUCCUGCUCAAAGACAGGGGGGCUAUCCUUGUCCACCUUACAAGAUUAUUAUUCUAGAUGAGGCAGAUUCAAUGACUGAAGAUGCUCAGAAUGCGCUGCGUCGGACAAUGGAGACUUCCUCUAAAGUUACAAGAUUCUUUUUCAUCUGCAACUAUAUUAGCAGGAUCAUAGAGCCACUGGCUUCAAGGUGUGCCAAAUUUAGAUUUAAGCCACUUCCGCAAGAGAUAAUGAAAAGUCGUAUUCUGCAUAUAUGUAGAGAAGAAAGCCUCAAUCUGGAUUCUGAGGCGCUUUCAACCUUGAGUACCAUUUCACAAGGUGAUCUUCGUCGGGCCAUUACAUACUUGCAGGGAGCUGCUCGCUUGUAUGGAUCAUCCAUAUCAUCCAAGGACUUAAUUAGUGUUUCUGGGGUCAUACCAGAGGAGGUUGUCGAGGAGUUCUUGGCUGCUUGUAAGAGUGGCAACUUUGAUUUGGCUGACAAAGAAGUGAAUAAUGUUAUUUCUGAAGGCUAUCCAGUUUCGCAGAUGAUCUCUCAGUUAUUUGAUAUUAUCGUGGAAGCUAAUGAUUUGUCAGAUGAGCAGAAGUCAAGAAUCUUCAAAAAGUUAGGUGAAGCGGAUAAGUGUCUUGUUGAUGGGGCAGACGAGUAUUUGCAGUUGCUAGAUGUUGCUGGUAACACCAUGCGUGCUCUUUGUAACAUGGCACAAGAGUUCUCUUAUUAGACCUAAUUUCUAGUUUCACUGCGUAGAGAAAACUUUCUGAGUCAUGCAAUUGAGUCACAAGAAUUGUUUUGGGAUGUCAAGAAAUGAGGUGAUAGCUUUAUAGUUCAUAUUUCUUCGUUCACUUUGCACCAAUAUAUAGUAGUAUAUUUUUGCCCAAAAGCGAUUAUUUUUUUA